AUCCGUUAGACAAUAGGAAGCCACCUUGAUAUAGAUUUUUGUUGUUACUUUUUAAUAUCUUUUGGCUAUUUUCCUACGUCUGCUACUUUAAUGUCAUCCCGGUUUUGCUCAUAAUAUGACAGGCAGGUAUUCAAGCCUGUUUAAGUCAUUUUGUUCCAUCAGCACCUGAGGGUUCUCACACCGCUUGAGUUUAGUGGGACUUCUCGGAACAAUAAGCAGCAUGGCGCGCAACUGUACUUUCAUGGGGGGUGGGAUCCCACUGUCAUCGGAAUUCUUUAAAGUGAUCAAAAAUGAUCUUUGGCUGUUCCUCCUUCCUGCUGUGUUUGCUGUGUUGCUGCUUGCACUUUUCUUGGAGGAGAUCGGCUUCUUUGUGCGUCACGUUUCUUCUACACGGCGCAGACGUCUCAGCCUGUGGAUCCUGGGAAUAUACCCGGUCUUUGGGAUGACAUCUAUCGUUUCGUUGUACGUUCCACGUUCCUCAUCUCUAUGCAAUUUCAUUGCUUCUCUAUACCACUCCAUUACGCUGUUGAAGUUCAUGGUUCUAAUCCAGGACUUCUUCGGAGGCAAGGCACGCAUGCUGGCGGUACUAGCAGGGGAGCAGGUGUCUCCAAACCCCUUUCCCUGUUGCUGCUGCUGCUGCCUUCCACUCUUCAAUAUCAACAGGACCAGUGUGCGCUGGAUGAUGGCUGCGGUACUUCAGCUGUCUGUGGUCAGAACACUCCUGUUUUCCCUAACUCUUGUUCUCUGGACAGAUGAAAAGUAUGAUUAUGGGGAUGUGGAUUCAGUCAACCCCAACACAUAUGUCAAUGCCAUCAUUGCUGUUUCUACAUUUCUAUCCUUCUAUGGCUAUCUGCUGUUUUACAAAGCCACCAAAAGGGCGUUGUCUGGAUACAGCAUUCGAGCCAAAUUCAUUUGCAUCAUUGUUAUCUUGGUCCUUUGUGGAUUACAGAGUGGAAUUUUGGAGACCAUGGGUGCACUGAACAUUAUUCCCUGCUCACCUCCAUUCUCUGACCUCUUUCGCUCUCAAUUAAUUUACCACUAUUCCAUUACCGUGGAGAUGUUCUGCAUCAGCCUCUUUGCACAUCACUCGUUCCGGAAAGUUGAACCAUGUCAUGAGGAGAGUGAUGAAAUAGAAGAUGAUGUCAUGAGAGUUUUCAGUGAGAAAGCGAUUCAGACAGAAGAACAGCUAUCAUGUGCUGUGCAGCUCUCCUGUCAGGAGGAUCAGAUGAGCCAUUCUAACAUUGGGUACAACAGCGACAGUGAAGACAGUCUCUGUAAAAUUGAGCAUGCCCCACUUGACUACUUCCCAUUUUCCUUCCCUUUACAACACACACCACAAACUGAAGCCAAUAAUGAUAAAGUACAUACUAAACCACCUGAAGACUCCGCAAGAAUGGAGUUGCCAACCAUAACUGUGAUGGCUGAUAUUAACCAUAUCGACAAUGUUGAUGUUACUGUUGUAUAGCAGAAAAGAUGUAUGCUAUUUAAUACUCUUUUAGUCAAUUGAUGAUAUUAUAGCAUUUUAUAUGCCUGUGACUCCCCUGAAGCCCAAGAUAUUAAACACAUUUUAAGUGUUGCUUAAAUACUAUGUUUGAACAUGGUCACACCAAGGCCAUAUACAAACAACACGUAAUCCUCUUUUCGUAGCGCUAUUGUAAAAUAUUUUUUUAUUAAAUGACUAAAGAACCAUAAUUUAUUACUGUUUUCUAACAUAAUGCCAUAAUACUAACAAUAUAGUUGUUUAACUGUGGAUGCUACACACAAUGCAUAAAUGAAACAAUUUUGCAUUGGAAAAAUGAA